AUGAAACAUUUCAAUUUCCUGUUCAGCGCCAAGAGAAGAGAAGAGAAGAGAGCGACUUGGGAAUUUAUAUGUUCUGAACGAUGUUUUGAACCGAUUGCCAAUGACGACGAAGUUCGUACUUUGUACGAUACACUUUUUGGUUUACCAGUUACAGAAGGUGAAAAUGAAGGCGACGACGGAUGCGAGGACGAUUUUGACAGACCGGAUAUUACGGACAAUUUGCCAGCUGAUGACUUUCUCAAUGAUUUGAUAUUUCAAAGACACACAAACGAAUCUCAGAUGGAAUUAGAAAUCGCAAAUUACGUAUGCCAAGCGAAUCUCGACAAAACCAAAACCAAUCGAUUGCUUACAUUGUUGAUGCACAUUCAUGACCAAGAAAUGCCACCACCAGCAUCUUGUGCCGGACUGUGGAAUAGGCUGGAUAUCAAAUUUAAAUCCUCAUGUUGUUGCAAUAAUGUUCACAAACAAAUUCCGUCGGAGUUAAUAGUUUUUUCAGUGGCUGACGAAAUAACUCGCGUUAUCCGAAAUAACUAUUACGCGAUGUCAAGAUACAAAUUGAAAGGAGACGGCACUCGACAUGAUAUCGUUCACGGAGAAAUUUACAAACGACAGUCAAACCAGAGUCCAAAUCCAAUUACUUUACUAUUAUCAUGUGACGGAAAACCGACACUUAAAUCAAGUAAAUCUUCUCUUUGGCCAGUACUGAUCAGUAUUGUUGAAAUACCUAGACCUUUUAGAGAUAAUGAACAAAACAUGAUCUUAUUAAGAUUGUGGCAUUCUUGUCGUUCACCAACAGCUACUCAGCUACUUGAUCGAAUUACUAAAGAUCUUUCGUAUCUCAUUAAAACUAGGUUAGAUGUUGAGAUUAACGACGCAGGUCGAAUACAUUUCGAUAUUUUCGUGCAAGAUGUAUGCGCAGAUGGACCAGGCCAAUCAAAAGCUACUCAAAUGGUGUCACACAAUGGUUACUUUGCAUGUCGUGUUUGCGAAAUUGAAGGAAACUAUUAUGCUGCUGAUAAAACUUCUACUUAUCCAUGGUCUUUAUUCCAUGAUACAGAUCCAUAUUUUCGAACACGGCAUCGAUUUGCAUUAUGUUUACAAGAAGUUCACCGCCUAAGAGCCAUUGAUAGCAAAAAUAUUAACGUGCGUGGCAUAAAAGAUGUUUCUUCAUUGAAUCAACUCAUUUUUAUACCAACUCAAGCGAUUUAUGAUUAUUUUCAUCUGUGUUUGAAAGGUCAUAUGAAAGCUUUACUCAAAGAGUGGAAUGAUAUGCAUCGUGGUGCGAGUACUCAAACCCGUGAAAUAAUUCAUCAGUUCGACAUAUUUCUAUCAGAUGUUAGUUAUCCGCAUACCAUUCAUCGUCGAGUCCUCGCUUUACCGUUCUUGUUGUAUUUUCGUCGAUAUUUUCCUCCACUAUUAGAUUUCCAUUUCUCUCUGUACGCAAUCUACAUUCGUACUUUAUGUCAUUUCGAUGAACACAAACAAGUUUAUGAUGUACGUCGAUUUAUCGAAAAUCACCUUCGUCGUUUCUCCGAAUUUUAUCGAAAUUCGAAAGAACUUCUGUCAACGCAUUGUAGCGUUCAUUUAUGGCAGCAGAUAAUUUUGAAAUCCGAGCCGAAUUUCUCUUGCUGUGAACUCACUUCAUUCAUUCAUUUGACGGAAAUAUCUUCAAUUACUACGUACAGAAGCAGUGCUUCUCGACGCAUUGUGGCAUCAACCAUAUCAUCUCAACGUGUUGUUUUACCGGCUGCAUCUUCUCAACGUUCUCUUUCACCAAGUCCAUUGUCUCAACGUAUUCCUUCGCCAAGUCCAUUGCAUCAGCGUGUUCUUUUAUCGAACCCUCCAGCUGAACGUGUUGUCUCACCGAGUACUUCAUCGCAGCGGUUCAUCACACCCAGUGCUUCAUCACAACGUUUCGUCACAUCCAGUGUUUCGUCGCAACGUGUUGCUCCAUCGAAUGCGUCAUCGAAAUAUCAUCGUUCAUUUCGCCAAUCGGCUGAUAGAAAUAGUUUCUUUGGAGCCAUUCUUCCAUCGUCACCAAGAAAUCAAACUCAAGGAUUUACUGCGUCGAACAAUGGUCAUCGCGCAUCUCCAUACACGACUAAUUCUCCACCGAUUAUCUUGUCUUCGAACGUCACUGCUGGACCUAAUCUUGAUGAAGAUGAACUUGAUCAAUCUCCUCGUCUAUUUACUAUUCAGGAAAAUAAACUAGAUACAAUUCUUCAAAGAUGCACUGAUCUGGAAAGUGCAAUGCACUUAUUACAAACCAAAACUGAUAAAGUAUCAAAACUUCUUCUUACAUUAGUCAAACAGGAACAGGAUCAUGUUACUACAACAAAGCCGAAAUCAAAACCCGAUCCUAUUCUGUGGAACAACGAAAACUUACUUCUGAAACCUCGAACAGCUUUGCCAACAACUUACCUAUGCUAUUUAGUCCGCAAGAUGUAUUCCACCGAUGAAAUCAAAGCAAACGUGCCACAGCUACCUCCUGCAGACGAUGACGAACGAUUGGCAAAAAUUAAGGAAUGUCUGAUCGCGUUGUAUUUGUCACAUGAUCCUGCAUUGAUUGAGGAUUUCAUGGCAGAUAAAGGUCAUGCUAGUUUGUAUGGUCAAGAACGAACGAAAAAAAGUCGAGAUAAGAAACAUGCAAUGUUAGAAAUUGCUAAAAUCAAUAUUGAUGAAAACGUUGACAUGAACAAAAGAUAUACAAACGACAGUAUAUAUGAUUUCGACAUGGAAGCUGAUAUUGAUACAAUCGAUGUAUAA